UUCUCCUCUGCUGCUCAUCUCUGGAGAGAGAUCUGCCUCUCAGGCAGCUCUGACCCGGGCACCGGGCCGGCGCGCGGGCGGGACCGGCACCGGCUGGUACCGGACCGUUUACCUCACCAAACAGAAUCACUCCUUCUUCACGUGGGCUCACGUGGACGUGCCCAGUUAUUUUUUGCCUCGGGUUUCAUGUUGCAGAAAGUCUUCUGAAACUCCUGCAGCCUCCGGGUGUGCUGGGAGGGGGAGAGAGGAAGUCUUCUCCUGCCUCAUGGCCUCCGCCGCCCGCAGCGCGCCUCUGCCGGGGAGCGGCGGCGCACUUGUUGCGGACCCGCAGUUCCAGGAGAUCCUGCAGAGGAGCCGCAGCUUGACGCAAAAGAUCCUGGACGCGAUAGCGGACACGCACAACUCCUGCGUUCACACCGAGACCCUAAAGUUGGAUUCUUCAGACAUUGGCAGGUUUUCAACCAUGGCGACCAACAUUGGCAUCCCCACACCUCCUGUCCUCACAGCGGUUUCAGAAAAUUUCACUCUGGAGACCGGUUUGAGAGUGAUGCAUGAUGGGCUGCAGCUGCACCAAAGGCUCCUGAGCUCCAUCGGCCCUCGACUAGCAGAGAAAGACAAAGUGGUUGCGUUGAUGUCUGAUGUCAGAGAUCUAAAAAUCCAGAUUGUUAAGAUGCAGAAACUGAACCAAUCGCACACCGCAGCGCCCCCUACGUCGGGCUCGGUGGAACUGCGCCUCCCGGGGGAAUUUGAGGUGCAGGUGGCGGCCCACCUGACCCUGGUCCAGCUGCAGGCGUUCAGCCGGGACGUGGCGCGUUGCCUCAGAAGCCUGGAACACAGCGCCGCCGCCGACGACAACCAAAGCUGACCAAAUAUCGUUUAAUCUUUAGCCUGAGCUGAAAACCUAUGUUGCCGUUUCUUUGUUAUAUUUAUUGAUCUGCUAGCGGAUUAUUUAUUUGUUAAAUCUAUUUUUAUUUAUAUAUUUAUUUCUAGAGAGAGAUUGUAUUUAUUUAGGAUUUUUUUUAAACCUUUGCACUUGUCAGAUGUAUAACCAGCUGUUAACACUCUUAUUAGUGAGUUGAGGGAACAUCUUAAAGCAGCAGUAUGUAACCUUUUUAAAAAAAAAAAAAAAAACAUUUUUACAUAUUUGUUAAAAUUAUCAUUAUAUGAUGACAGUAACCUGUGAAAAAUUAAACAGCUUUUCCCAGUACCAAAUGCAUAAAUUCACCACUCAACCAAUCAGAGCGAGGAGGCUCUUAGCGCUGUCAAUCAUCCUCGUGCUCAGCUCCUCCUGCUUGCACUUUGCUGUGCUACACCUGGUUCUCCACAACAUAGAAUGCCAUAAAUGCCAAUGCAAUUUAGCAUAGACAGUGAUGACGGCGGAUUAACAGUUUUUCUGUAACAGUAAAGAGGUUGAUUUACAGCGCUAAGCCCCGCCUCCUGGCACUGAUUGGUUGAUUUUGACCCGGAGAGAUGCAAUAUUAGCACUAGAAAGAGGUGGAGGACCUCAACUUUUUCAGAUUAUGUGUCUCAAAAGAUAAUGUCACAACAUUUUGACAGUUUUAAUAAAUAUGAAAAAACAUUUUUGUAAAAGUUACCCUCUGCAGCUUUAAAGACAAUUAUAGAUGGUGUAACAUUUAAAGAGAAACUAUUUUUGUAUCGCUAUUUAAAAUCUAAUAUGUUAUUUUCUUAUGUCCCAAUAUAAAAAUAAAACUGUUGUUUUUUGCAAAUACAAUUGUUCCGUUUCAUAAUGAUGGUGCGGUGACACU